AUGCCCGUUCAGAAAUCGGAGAUGAGACUAGUAGGAAAAGGUGUCAAAGGGACAACCAGGCUGCCAUGGGGCCCUCCAGGCCCCCUAGGCCCUCUCGGCGCUGGGCAGUCUCGGAGACGCGCGCACACGAGCUGCGGCCGCAGGGCCCCCUUCGAGCCCUGGGGUUCGAACGGGGCCACGUUCGGCGACACGGCCAAGGACGUGCUCUUCGACAUGUUCAAGGGCCCCGACGACACCGUGGCCAUCGGCAAGUUCCUGUCGAGUUUGACCGCCCUGGGGCUGCGGCACUCGGACCCGCGCCUCAAGGAGAUGAAGCAGCGCCUGAUGGAGGUGGUGACCCCCGACGACCUGGUGCUGGACAUCCUGGACUACAGCCCCGUGCGCGACGCCCUCGGCGCCCUGCCCAGCGACCCCCCGGCCUGCGGCACGGCCGGCCCCGCGGCCUGCCUCAACCGCCACGAGUUCGGCCGCGUGGUGGAGUCCAGCAUGCCGCUGCUGUCCCGCGCCUUCCGCGGCAGGCUGGCCAUCGCGGACUUUGACGAGUUCUGCCUCCGCCUGCGCACCAUCUUCGAGCGGUGCAGGGCCAACGAGGGUGGCGAGGGCUCCAGUAAGCCGUUGACGUACGCGCUGUGCCUGGAGCACCUCGGCGCCGAGGUGGUGCACCGGUACGUCGGCCAGGAGCCGAGCGGCAGGAACUUCAACGAGCUCGUCCUCGACAGCAACAAAAGACCACACAACCCCAUGGUCAACUCGGGCGCCAUCGUGCUGUGCUCGCUGCUCAAGGACCUCAUCUACCCCGAGAUGACGUCAGCGCAGAAGUUCGAGUACACCUUGCACUUCAUCCAGCGGAUGGCGGGGGAGGAGAAGCUGGGCUUCAACAACGCCGUGUUCGUGUCGGAGAGGGACGCGGGCGACCGGAACUACGCACUGGCCUUCCUCAUGAGGGAGCACGACUGCUACCCGAGGCGCGGCCGCCUGCGCGUCGUCAUGGACCUCUACUUCCAGUGCUGCGCCAUGGAGACGACGGCGGACUCCCUGGCGGUGAUCGGCGCCACCCUGGCCAACGGCGGCGUGUGCCCGCUCACGGAGGAGCGCGUGCUCAAGGGGGAGCCGGUGCGCGACGCGCUCAGCCUCAUGCACUCGUGCGGGAUGUACGACUACUCGGGGCAGUUCGCCUUCAAGGUGGGUCUAGCGGCGCGUCCUGUUCCGGAGGCUGUCCCGCUCCAGCCCAGCAGAUGGCCCCGGCCUUGUCCUUCAUCACGACUCUGCAGUGCUCUGCAGUCCGCGGCGUUGCCACGUGGACGGAGGAAAAAUACACUGUUAGCUACGCCACUGCUGGCUCCGCUCUCUUUCGUCCUCCCGUCCGCCGCGGGCCGGCCGUGGCCAGCUGAUCAAAUCUGUCGGGAAAAGCCACACGCUGCCCGUCUGUCUGUCUGUCUGCCUGCCUGUCUGUCCGUCGCGCCGUGGGAAGUGAACCCGACAAGUCCAACCAUUUCCACAUUGAUUUAGCCGUCACCUGUCGACGGCCGACGCGCGGCGCCGCGCUAGAGCGCGCCACUCGCACCCACACACCUUUCAAUCUGCAUUCUCGAUGCCCGAUCGGACAAGUGCACCCGGAAAGGAGAGGGAGUGGGGGGGACUUCCCCGCGGCGUGCGCGUGGCCGGCCAAUUCGGGACGGUCGCGGUGUCGCUGCCCCCACGUGUUGCUUCCCCGGCGCCCUGCAGUCU